AUGUGUUUUGCUAAAAAUACCGGAAUAGAGAUUAAAAAUGUGACUAAUACAGAGGAAACAUCUGAAGCUCACUUGUCGUGUUCAAAGACAGUUUUGUAUAAUUUAACCAGAUUUUAUUCAGAGAUGAAACAAAAGAAAAUAGCAAAGAGACACAGGCUGGGUCUGAAGAAAACGCAUCGCAAAGUUAUAAAUACUGUUGGCGGAUUGUUUGAUCGACGUCUUGGCAGCCAUAAUACAAAGCUGUCAGAAUCUGAGAAGUUAUUGCAAAGACAGAUUGUGGAAAAGCUGAGACAACUUGAUAAUGUAUCGUUGGAAAGCAUUGACGACCAAGAUCCUCUUUUCAAAGCUGCGUAUGAUACCAGUAUACCAGGAAGGAAACUAUGCACUGCAGACGAUGUUGAGGGUGGGAUUGAAGGUCAGAUUGUCGAUGACGUUUUCUUCACGGACGGAUCCAGUUCUAAUACGCCUGGCUAUGACUUCAAAAGCUCCCUCUCUGAGAAGAUUGCGGUUACAAAGCUUGAAAGGUUAAAGCGUGUCGAAGAAAACGAAGAACAACGUGAACGACUAAAAACGGUCAACGAGGACUGGAAUAAAAACAUCCGUUUCCUUUUAAGCAAAGUUCACUCUCUUGGAAAGGGUUCUACAUUACAACCUAAGCAAAGUAACAGUGCAAAUGUUUCGCGCCUAUUAGAAAUGUUGACUACUGAUAAAAAGGUCGUGCCUAUCGGUUUCGUUCCGCGUGCGCACAGUCUCCAAGAGCAACUUUCUAAGUUUCAAGAUAUGGUGGACUCUCGAAGGAUGAGUAUCAAAAGUCAGGAACAUGCACUUGAAAAGACAUCAGUUAGUACUCUUCCUGUUUUGCUCGCACUACCGAAAGAAAAGCUACCUGCCAUCACUUACAUAUCUAACCAGCUUCGGACAGCUAAAUACGGACGUUUGAAAGAUGUUGUUCGCUACCUUUUUCUAGCUCAGUUAGCAGUGCAGUAUUGUAAGAAUGAAUUAAAGAGCCAGCAGGAUGACGAAAUGUCUGCAGCGAUUACAGGAAAUGUCAUCUUUUGUCCCGAAAUUAUUUAUGCGCUGACUCAAAUGUUUCAACUUACUUUUGCUGGCUCAAACCCAAAAAACAUUUUAGUGUUGAAAAAAUCAAUGGCUGCUGUUGAAUCAUGUGAAUCGUUCAAUCUCAGCACUCAGUUAUUAGAUCCUUCUACUAAACUGUCUCCUGAAGAUAUUCCCGUUGUUCGUUUGGCCUGUAUCUAUAAAAUAAUUCUCCUAAGUUCUGAAGUUUUUAAUAUGUAUGACAGUGUUUUGCCGAAAUGCGUUGUGGUGAACUUGUUCCGUCCUUUGAAAAAGGCUCUGAUAGAAAGCAACUUAUUAUUUUAUCCUGCUUCCAUAGUAAACGAAAUAAAAAAGAUUACUGAGGCUAUAGCAGUGUGUGAAAGUGCCCCUACACCUAAUCGUUUGGUAAUGAACUCUCGCCUCAACGUUUUAAAAAAUUCAAAACCAGCAGGUUCUAAGAUCCUGAAACAGUUGGGUUUAGUCCCUCAAUUGGAACCUGAUUUUGAUGAACGUUUGUUCACCUCUCGACGAAGUAAUGUAAGCACAAAACAAAUGUUACAAAAACAAGUUGCGAAAGAGAAGCGUUGUGCAAUGCGUGCCGUUCGUCAAGAUAGUCAAUUUUUGGCUUCUCACCAAUUGCAGCUUACGAAAAAGAGUGACUCUAUUCGUGAAAAGAAAACGAAAGCUAUUUUGAAUUCACUUCGUUCAGUUGAAGACUGA